UGAUAGAGUGUGUAAACAAUUCAAACUGACUUUGAAAAGUAGCGUGAUACGAUUCAUCAGUAAUAUAUAAAAAUAUCUUCGAAUCUGAAUAAGUAAUAAAAAGGUUCCAUUUAAAACCUUGUUAAUCGAUUUUUCUCUUUGCUACUGGACAGUCAGUGGUAUAGGUGAAAGGUUCAAAGAGUUGUAAGUCAGAGGAUCAGCGAAGAUGAUGUCAGUCCGAUGUUUUCGAGUCGUUGCCAUUUUGUUAGUCGUUCCAAAUAUAAUUACAAAUGGUGCUUCGAAGUCUCACAAGGUCGUCUGUUAUUUGGGAAGCUGGGCAAAUUACCGAAAUGGAGAAGGAAAGUUCCUUAUCGAAGAUAUCGAUCCCUUUCUCUGCACACAUUUAAUUUAUGGUUUUGCAAAAUUGAGUUAUGACAACAAAAUUGCAGCUUACGAUCCAUACCUAGACCUCAAGGAAAACUGGGGACUUGGCGCUUAUCAAAGAUUUAACGAGUUGAAGGCAAAAAAUCCGAACCUAAAAACAUUACUAGCCAUUGGUGGUUGGAACGAAGGCUCUACGAAGUACUCACAAAUGGCUAGAAAUGCAAACUCUCGAGGUGUUUUUAUUAAAAGUUGCGUAGAAUUCCUCUUGAAAUAUGGAUUUGACGGACUUGACCUUGAUUGGGAAUAUCCUGCUAAUCGAGGAGGAGCUCCAGAAGACAAACAGAAUUUUGCUGCGCUUCUAAAGGAAAUGAAAGAAGCUUUUCGAUCUCAUGGCCUUCUAUUAUCUGCAGCAGUUUCAGCAGGGCAAAGUACCAUUGACUCAGCCUAUGACAUAUCUGCUUUAGGAAAAUACUUGGAUAUGAUAAACUUAAUGGCGUACGACUUUCAUGGAGGCUGGGACACUGUAACUGGUCAUAACGCACCUUUAUAUCCAAGGCCAGAACAAUCAGAAAAUAAUAAAAAAUUAAAUGUGGAUUACGCGGUGAAGUACUGGCUUCGUAAAGGAGCUCCAGCAGAGAAGCUGAUCUUGGGAAUGCCAUUAUAUGGCAGAAGUUUUGCUUUGCAAAAUUCGCAAAAAAACGGCCUAGAUGCGCCUGUGACUGGUAAAGGAAUGGCUGGAGAGUACACUAAGGAGCCGGGUAUGCUUGGUUACAACGAGAUUUGCAAGAUGCUCCGCAACGAGAAGGAUUGGAAAAUUGUGGUGGAGAAAUACACUAAAGCUCCAUAUGCCGUGAAGGAUAGACAAUGGAUUGGCUAUGACGAUAUUGAAAGCAUAUCCCAUAAGGUGGAUUAUCUUCUUCAAAUGAAACUUGGUGGCGGUAUGAUAUGGUCAAUCGAAACAGAUGACUUUCGAGGAAAUUGCCACGGAUUUCGAUAUCCUCUACUGCGAGCUAUCAAUGAACGUCUCAAUGGCAGAUCUGUGCCACAUCAUAGAGAAAAGGAUUUGGAAAAAGAUAAUUCCAUCUCACCGACGAAGUUCAUCUCAAGUUCUUCCCCUAUGCCAUCUAGCACAAGACGUCAGACCGCGUCCACAAGGACAGCAAAGGCAACUACAGAAAAACCUCAGGAUAACGAUUUGCCUUGUCCUCGCACUGGUUAUUUCAGGCAUCCAGAUAAUUGUAAAGUCUUCUACUUCUGUCAAGCAAUAAAUACAGCGAAGGGUAUGGGUUACCAAAGAUUUGUUUUCAAAUGCGGUGCCGGCACCGUAUUCAGUGAAACACUGCGCAUAUGUACAUUUCCUAAUAGCGCUCCCGGAUGUUCUUAAAAUAAAAAAUUAGAUAUUUUGCAGCAAA